UCCUCGUUUUAGUUUAGUUCAGUCGAAAGCUCAUAGAGUCUAAUCUCUCCUUCCUUCGACAAAAUGACCCUUCAACUUUUUCGAAUUGGCAUUGUGAUAUGCGAUAUUAUGUUAAUUUGUAUCAGCAAAACACAACAAUGCCCUCCAAAAAACAUUUCCUGCAACGACGUUAACAAGGCUAAGGGAUUCAAGUUCUUAUAUCCGUGUCCUGAGGGAGGAGAGAUUUCUGUGUUUGAUAAUAAGACUCUGAUUGCUCAUACUGCGCGUGGCACUCAGUUGUUUAGGUAUUCGAAUGAAGUGAUAAGUAUGGACAACCAUUCACUCGUUACAAGAGACUGUAGAGACCUGCGAGUAGAAUGCAUAUUUCCUAAUGGAAGCUUUGUAGAAGAGAUCUGUGUGGAUUAUAAAAUGACUGAGAAAAUUAAGAAUCCUGAUCCCGAUGAUUCACCAACACGACAGAACCUCAGCAUCUGUGUAUGGGUCGGUGGGAUAGUGCUCAUGAUGGGGAUGUUUUGUUGCUGUUACAUUUGUAAAAAGAAGCAGUACGGUGCACCUGCUGUUUCUGUCUUUUUAAGAUACCUUAAGACUUGCCCUUGUCUCAGAGAGGGGAUUUCCCAGGCAGAGAGGGGAGAGUCAGAAGAAACUAGACACCCUGGAGGACGUGAAGUCCAAAAGGUCACAGCUGAUGAUUUGGACACAGCACAAUCCAACAUUGUUAACAGGCUAAGUGAAAUAUCUGAUUCGUAUCCACGUGGAAGUGGUGAAAAUGAUAUCAAGCAAGAUGACAAACUUGGAAGUGUGCAGAGUAUUGAUCCCAAGGCUGAUGGCAAGACUCCUCAAUCCUUUAGUCUGGACCGCAACUUAAGCAAUGAGGGACUGAAGCCCGAUAAAACCAGAGACAUAAGUGCCCCUGACAAAACCUCUGAUCAUCGAGCCAUGAACAGGAGCUUGAAAGAUGAUCCAGGAGGAGUGGUUGAAAACAAAGAAAAAUACGUUGUUUGGAUCAGGGAAAAGCACAAUGGAUGGACUCCUAAUGAUCGUGGUCCUGAAGAUCAUGGGAAUGAAGGGAAACUGCUGCUGUUGAAUGAGGGAGCUGCCAUCCAACAUUUUGACAUGACAGGUGAAGCCGUAGCUUUGGUGAACAGGCGCGGUUUGGACCCAGACCAGGUCAGCAGGUGCUCUGCAUUAGACACUGACGUGGAGUCAACACCCAACAUGAAGAAUUAUACAUAAUAA